UUGGGUCUAUGACAAAGUCUAUUAAAUUCUCCAACUUCCGAAACUAAUAUAUAUAGGUAAUAUUUUUCUAAGUUCCAUAUAAGGUGGGAUAUGAUUUCCAACUAACGUAUAACAUGCCCCAGCAGUCAGAAAAGAAAAACAAUAUUAUAUAACAAGCAGCCCAACGCUCAGUUUGACAAGUACUUAACACCAUCUCUCCCUCCCCAAGUCCUACCAUUGGAAACACAAAGUGAAAAAAAAAAAAAAAAAAUGGCAAAUAGUUCAUUGGAAUUCACUCUCCGUCCUUUUAGGCUCUCUGAUGCUGAUGAUUUUUUCAUCUAUGCAGGUGAUGUCAAAGCCACAAGGUUUGCCCGCUUAAGCACAUUGACCUCCAAGGAAGAAGCGAUCUCCUACAUCCAGAACCACUGCAUCCCUCAUCCUUAUUUCAGAUCCAUAUGCAUCAAUGACCGUUGCAUAGGCUGUGUCUUCAUCGCGCCAGAAAAAGGUGAAGACAGGUGUAGGGCUGAGAUUGGCUAUGGCUUAGCUCUAGACUACUGGGGAAAAGGUAUAACAACUCGAGCUGCCAAAAUUGCACUCUCUGAAGGGUUUAAGCAAUUCCCUGAUCUGGUCAGAAUUCAAGCCCAUGUUGAGGUAGAUAACAAAGCCUCACAAAGAGUCUUGGAAAAACUUGGUUUCCAAAGAGAGGGUUUGCUGAGGAAGUUUACCUAUAAUAAAGGUGCUAUUAGAGAUUUGUUUAUGUACAGUCUCUUAUCCACUGAAUUUAUUGCUUAGAAUUAGAAACUCUGUACCCUUUUUUCCAAUCUUUAUUAAGCUUUGUUACUUUUUCAUGUAUUGAAUAACAACUGGGAAAUGGUAAUAAUAUUUUCUGGAUUAAUCACUAAUAA